UAACCCCUUACUCUCCUGCACAUGAGGCUCUGUGAUUCUUGGCAACUUCUGUUCACAAGGACUGGUAAAGCAGGAAGCUGAAGGUCAUCUGCCCAAGCAGGCAGUUAAAUAAUUGGAUAGCUUUUGUGGGUGGCCAGCACUGCAGUGAGACACAACAGCUGAUAGGGGACACUUGGCCAGCACGUCAGGUGAAUGCAUGAGGUAGGAAGCUCUUGAGAGCAGAAAGCAAUGUGUGCUGAAUAAAUCUCUGACCACCACUCCUUCUGUGGUCAAUUCUGUUGUAGGCACAAAGCCACUAGAGAAGAUCAUGACUAGAAACAGCUGUGAAGUGCUUCAACCAUACAGGCAGAAAUAAACUCAGCGUCAGGUUUGAAGAGGGAACCAGAGGAUAAAAAGAUGCCUUCUCAUUUAUCAUUACAGCCAACAUGUAGACGUCACAUUAUCUGACUCAAGCCACAAACUAGGUAACUGGAUUGCCAGGUUUAAGGUUUCAGGUCACAUCAGGGAAUAGUUUUACCAGCAGAUGUAAAGAUUCUCCCUUGGGUAGCAUUCAAGGUCAAAGUCAGCAAAUCCUAGCCUAAAAAUAGAUUCUAGUUUCAAAGUUGGUAAGAUUUCCUUUAUCGUCCUGCCACACUUCAUAGAUCCAAGCUACCUACAGCACCUGUCUAAACCUACAGUUACUUUCACAUUUCAAACACAAAAUAAGCACCUUGGAACAAGAUGUCAUCGGUGGGUUUGAACACCAGGAAGAAAAGUGCCUACGUGGCAGUCAAAGUUGACCCUGAUGGGGAUUAUUAUACCCCAGGCGCGUUUGAACUGGAGAGACUCUUCUGGCAUGGCAGCCCAAAGUAUACUCAUGUCAAUGAAGUCUGGCCCAAUCUCUACAUAGGAGAUGAGAAAACUGCCUUAGAUCGCUAUAGCCUUGAGAAAGCUGGCUUCACCCACAUCCUCAACGCAGCCCAUGGGCGGUGGAACGUGGACACUGGACCAGAGUACUACAGAGACAUGGCCAUCGAGUACCAUGGGGUAGAAGCAGAUGAUCUCCCCAGCUUCAAUCUCAGCCCAUUCUUCUAUUCAGCUGCUGAAUUCAUCAAUAAUGCACUCCAGGAUGAGAAAAAUAAGAUUUUGGUUCAUUGUGCGAUGGGCCGCAGCCGAUCAGCUGCCUUGGUCCUGGCUUACCUGAUGAUCUAUAAGAACAUGACUGUCGUUGAUGCCAUAGAGCAAGUGGUGAAACACCGAUGUGUCCUCCCGAAUCGUGGCUUCCUGAAACAGCUGAGAGAAUUGGACAUAGCAUUGGCUUUGGAAAGGACAAACUCUAAGAACAGCUCCCAGUCCAAUGGGGAGAACAGCCCAGAGAUCUAGCGUUCUGGGUCAUCUUUACCUGAAAAAUAGACUUAG